UCAUUGAUGGUGGUACAUCAUGAUGUUACCAUCAAGGUUAAGGAGAAGUAGAGUGAAAAGUACCUUUAUUUCUGUGUUGCAAGUAAACCAGAUAAACCAGUGACGAAAUCAAAGCAUGAACAAACAACGUUUGGUCUGGUCUUGCUCGAUUUGUUUAUUUUUCUACCAGUUUAUAAAAAUGAAGCAGUGACAUUUUGGACAAGCUGCAGAUGAGAUGAAGGAAUGGCUGACUCCCUGGGACUGCAGCAAUCAGCAAAUGUGUUGUGAUAAAUGUGCAACUCUUCAGGUCCUCUUGAACUUCUUCCUCAACAGUAUUUCUCUGUCACAUUUAAGAUAUGAGACAAAAAUAACAUCAAGAUUUGGAGAGGCUGUCCAAGGAACUGAAUUAAUACCGUUCAUCUGGUCUUUAUUUAGGUGGUGAAUCUUUGUGCCAGUGUCAAAAUGGCAUGAGGAAAAAGUGGAGUAACUCGUACCACCCAGAAGUUUAUUUUCUACUAACACCAUAUGCUGAUGUGGUUUAUUCCUCUUAUACCAUAGCAAACAUUUCAUUUACUAAAGAGUGACACUAUCACUUAUCACAUAUGUUAUACCAGCUACAAACUGUCGCUCCCUCACCAGCCCCCUCUUUCUUCUCUCUUGUUAAUGAGAGAGUUUGUUAAAACUAAAAAGUACAAUUUACUCUGUCCUGACAGCUUUCCCUUGUUGGGAAAACUGACUGUACAGUGUGCUGACAUUGGAGACUCCUUCCAUAAAUGUUAAACAUCUACUUUCAAGAACAACAACAACUAAUCACAUGUACACUUAAGUACAGUGAACUUCCUCUCUGCAUUUAACCCAUCUCAAGCAGUGAAAACACACGUGAGCAAUGAGCACACACCCAAAGCAGUGGACAGCCAUGCUACAGUGCCUGGGGAGCAGUUGAGGGUUAGGUGCCUUGCUCAAGGGUACUUCAGCCCAAGGCUGCCCCAUGUUAACCUAACCGCAUGUCUGGACUGUGGGGGAAACUAGAGCAUCCAGAGGAAACCCACACAGAUACACAGAGAACAUGCAAACUCCACACAGAAAGCCCCCUCACAGCCACUCACCCUAUCAUAAUUUAUGUGCUUUUGUUUGUAAAAUAACAAUACAUUUAAGUAUCUUAGAGUCCAACCCAUCUCCUUAGGCUGUAGAUCAAUGAUCGAUUUUGUUGUCGUGUCCUCAGAUCUGCGAUUGUAUGUCUUGGACACUCGGUUGAAGAUAGGAGCUGAGCUCUAAACUGAUCACCACCUGGUGAUGAGUUGGAGCAUGGUGGGCAGACCCAGUACCCCCAAACUUCAUGCAUAACCAGAGCAAGCACUUGGUUUGUGUUGCAUGCAAUAAGUCUUUCCUGGUGGGUGUUGGUCUCCGCCAGGGCUGCCCUUUGUCACCGAUUCUGUAUGCAAGUUUUAUGGACAGAAUUUCUAGGUGUUGCCAAGGGGUGGAGAAUGUCCUGAUCAGAGGGCUCAGGAUUGCAUCAUUGCUUUUUGCAGAUGAUGUGGCCCUGUUGGUUUCAUCAAAUCGUGACCUCCAGCUUGAACUGGGACAGUUUGCAGCCAAGUGCGAAGCGGCUGGGAUGAGAAUCAGUGCAUCCAAAUCUGAAGCCAUGGUUCUAAGAUAAAAAGGGUGAAUUCCCCACUCCGGGUUAAGGAUGAGUCCUUACUUCAUGUGCAGCUUCCGCAAUGAUGCGGAAGCUGUACUGGUCUGUCGUGGUGAAGAGAGAGCUGAGCUAAAAGGCAAAGCUAUUGGUUGAAACACUUUCCUACCUUCACCUAUGGCCAUGAGCUGCAAGUAGUGGCCGAAAGAACAAGAUCGUGGAUACAAGCCACAGAAGUGAGCUUUCUCUGAAGGGUGUCUGGGCUCACCCUUAGAGACAGGGUGAGGAUCUCAGACAUUUGGGAGGGGUUCAGAAUAGAGCGGCUUGAAAGGAGCCAGCUGAGGUGGUUCAGGCAUCUGUCUUGGAUGCCUCCUAGGUGAGGUGUUCUGGACAUGCCCAAAUGGUAGGAGACACCAGGGCAGACUUGGGAAAUGCUGGAAAGAUUAUAUCUCUGAAUUGGCUUGUGAAAGCCUUGGUGUCCCUCUGGUUUGUACUGUCAACUCACAGAAAGCAGGUUCUAGGUUUGAACCUGUUGGUUGACUGGGGGCUUUCUGCGUGGAGUUUGCACCUUUUCCUCGUGCCUGCAUGGGUUUCUUGCGGGUGCUCUGUUUUUUCCCCACAAUUUAAAGACAUGCAGAUUAGGUCAACUGGCUCCUCUAAAUUGCCCAGAGGUGUGUGUGUUAAUGGCUGUUUGUCUCUGUGUUAGCCCCAUUAAAACCUGUCCAGGGUGUUUCCUGUUUGUCACCCAAUGUCAGCUAGGAUUGACUCCAGCUUCCCCCAUGAUCGGCAAAUGAUAAGUGGCAUAGAAAAUGAAUUAAUGAUGAACCUUAAUGUAUUUUUGUCAGGAACAGAAGGGGUUUAAAAAAAAAAGAGGUAGAAAAAGUUUGAGAGCAAAACUUGCCAUCCUCUCCAGAAGGUGGUGCUGAGACUACUAAUCAGCAUUAGAGUCAGCUGUUAUGAAGUGCCAGAGGAAGAAAACUCCCUGCACAUGCAAUGAUAAUUGGGCAGUAAGUCAAACCUGUCAGUAAUUAACUACGAGUUUACACUUAGUAUAGCAGGGAGAGUAUUGCACUAUCCUUUUAAAACAUCCUUUUCUCCAUUAUGUAGGAGCAUGACUAGUGUGCGAAGAAUAAUUCCCUCUGGGGACAACAUAUGUUUAUUUUGUUUAGGUUGUUUAAACAAUCCUGUGGUUUUAAGGUGUUACCACAGGUUGUGUAAAAGCUGUGUACAAAGUUACUGGGAGAUAACGCAGUCUCUGAAAUGUCCUGUUUGUUUAAGAGAGACAUUGUGUAAGGUGUCUUUACAAAAUGUGAGUUCUGAGAUAUCAGGAUCGAACAGUGGAAAUCUCAUUUUGGGAAACACAGAAAGUAAAAUGAAGCAGCCCAGAAGAUGCAGAUUAAAGGAUGAACAGCUUUCAAAAAUUGAGAAGAAAAUGCUUUCUUCUCAUUUGAGAUCCAGUGCAAAAAAAGCUUCCAAUGACUUAUCAAACACAAGUAUGGAUGCGAAACCCCAAACUCCAAGUGCCCCAUCUUCUUUAAUAGCCUUGAGAGUCAAUCUGUGCUCUGUGUGUGGCAAAAGUUUUGAAAGCAAAUCAGCCCUUAAAACCCAUCAGACAUCCCACUCCAUAGAGCGGCCAUAUGAGUGUUCCACCUGUGGAAAGCAAUAUACUCAGAAGAAGGAACUUAGUUUGCAUCAGCGGCUACAUACAAAUGAGGGGUUACUCCAUUGUGCCUAUUGCCAAAAGAAGUUCACAAGGAAAAGAGACCUGAUGAGCCACGAAAGAAGCCACACCGGAGAGAAGCCUUUCACCUGUUUUUUGUGUGGGACUAGCUUUGGGAGAAAAGGCACGCUAAAACUGCACAUACAGCGACACAAGGGAAUCAAAGUGUACCAGUGUGACCAAUGUGGCAUGUCUUUCCAUACAUCGGCAGAUUUGAGGGUACACAAGGUAAGACACACAGGAGAAAAGCCCUUCGCUUGCCAUCAGUGUGAUAAGAGAUUUGUUCUGAAGGGUCAUCUAGAUGCUCAUUUGCGCAAACAUGCAGGAGACGCACCCUAUAGUUGCUCAGUAUGUGGGAAGGCUUUUAAGUGGAAGCAGAGCCUUACCAUCCACCAACUAACGCAUCAGGAUGAACGGCCAUUUAAAUGCCCAGAGUGUGACAGUAGCUUCAGAAGAGCCCACCAUCUCAAGUCGCACCAGAUGAUCCACUCAAGUGACAUGCCAUACAAAUGCAGUCAUUGUGGCAAAGCUUUCAAGUAUCGGAAUUCGCUUAAGACUCAUGAACGCAUUCAUACAGGUGAAAAGCCCUACAGCUGUGAUCAGUGUGGGAAGAAUUUUGUAUCAUCAGGUGAGCUCAGUGUCCAUCGACGAGUCCACUCAGAACAAAGAAACUACAAGUGCUCCGAGUGUGAGAAGGCUUUUCGAUACAGGCCAUCCUUGAAGGUCCACCAAAGAACGCAUACUAAGGAGAGACCGUACCAUUGCCGUGAAUGCGGCAAAAGCUUUUUUGCUUCCUCCCAUCUCCGAGUUCAUGAAGAAACGCACAAAAAUGAGCGGCGCCACCGUUGCACAGUGUGUGGUCAGGGUUUUAACUGCUCCAGCACUCUGAGGUCCCACCAGUUGACCCAUUUGACCAGGAUGGAGUUCCAUUGUGAUGAUUGUGGGAAGACUUUCAUCCGUAAAGAUACCUUUAAAACUCACCAACAGCUCCAUACAGGGGCCAGAGUCUACAACUGCUCAGAGUGCGGAAACAGCUUUAGCAGCUCCAGCAAUUUACAUCGACAUAUGCAAAACCACAAAGCAAAGAUAAUGUAUCACUGCAGUGAUUGUGAGAAGAGUUUCAGUAGUGCAGCAUACCUGAGGAAGCACCAGCUAGCUGUGCAUGCAGCAGAGAGUCCGUACGUCUGUGCAGAGUAAGGGGAAAGCUUUGAUAGUGCUGGGACAUUCUAGCUGAAAUACUGAAGAGGUCCAUGCAACAUGGGAAUGACCUGAAUUUUUAUUCAAAAAAGGACAAACCUAUCUAUUGCAGAAUGCCAACAAGUAGGGGAAGAGACUUAUCAGGAAUAAGCUUUUCAUCUAAUGUCCCCCCCCCCCCUUGUCAAUGUAAGAUUUGGCUAAUGAUUGUUAUUCCUCUCAAGUAGUUACAAUCUGUUUUGCCUAGACAUUUUUUCUUUCCCAUUUCAAUGUCAUUCCCCUCCCCUUCAGGUUUGUACUUGGUGUGCAGUGAUGAUUUUUUUUUUUCAUGUCAAAUGGUGAAUUCAUAAAAUAAAUUUAAUUUCCACAUAC